CCUCCCCUUCUCUCCCAAAACUCUCCCCAUAUCAUCUUCCACCCACCCCCCAUCCAACACUCGCCCGGUUUCUCGCUGAGCGAAAGCCUAACUACUCUUCCUUUCAACAAUACAUAUUAUCUUCUUUACUUCCUUUUCAAUACCUUUAAAAUGGACAAGAUCAAGGAGCGCAUGGUCUCCCUCCGCGCCGAGGCUGAUGAGGCUCACGAGCUCGUCGAUGAGCUCAAGGCCAAGGUCAAGACACUGGAGCAGGAGAAUUUGUCCAAAGAGCAAGAGAUUACAUCACUCAACCACCGCAACCAGCUUCUAGAGGAAGAGGUUGAAAAGGCAGAGGCCGCCCUCAAGGAGGCUAAGGAUGCUGCCAGCCAGAGCCUUCAGCAUGACACCCAGAACGAGGCCCUUCAGCGACGGGUGCAGCUCCUUGAGGAGGAGGCUGAGGAGAAUGACAAGACUCUCCGGGAGACAAACGAGAAGCUCCGCCAAACUGAUAUCAAGGCUGGCCACUACGAGCGGAAGGUGCAGGCACUGGAGGAUCAGCACGCCAAACUGGAACAAAGAUAUGAGGAUGCGAUCAAGGAACACAGCGCUGUGAAGAAGGAGCUUGACGACCUUGCAUCCCAGAUGGCCGAUAUCUAA